GAGAAUAGGUGCAACCUGUGGUUUUGGUGCGCCGUAUAUUUCAUGAGAGCAUAGUGAGCAUAAGAACCGGUAUCUGAAAUGGGUAAAAAGUUAAUUUUAUAAUAAUCAGACCAACAAGUAUGGCAAUAGCCGCUAUCAGUUUCGCUUACCAUGCAUUGUAUCUAAUUUAUCCAAGCUGUGAUCCACGAAGAAUGCUUAUUAUCAGCCUUUCAGUCUUGGCUAUCACAUUUCUGACAUGGGUAAAUGUCAUGAAAGUUAGUUGGGCUAUAACAAUUCAAAAUGUGUUUGCUUCAGCCAAAGUAUUAGCGCUAAUUGGUAUCAUUCUAUCUGGAUUGGUUGUUGUUUGCCAAGCUAUGCUGUAUCUUCGUCGCUACCAACCUGAAAUCCCUAGACCACUUCGUCUACCAGUGAUAAUUCCAGUUAUCUUCUUACUUGCCUGUGUGUUCCUGUCGGUUCUGUCAUUAGUAGAUAAGCCAACAGAAAUGUUAAUCGGUAUUGGAUCGUUCUGACUGGAAUGCCGGUGUACUUGGUCGGUGUUCCGAGGGAGUCGGAACCGAUUUCACUGAUGGAGAAAUAUAGUUAUCUGACUAUUCAAUGUCAGAAAUGGUUACACGUCAUUUCUCCCGAAUGAGUUUUACUCAGAUGUUAAUAGAAGACAAAGGAAGAACUCAAGUUUAAUCUUACGACUCCAUUUCACUUCAUUUCGAAUUUAGAUGAACAGAAAGAAUUUAGAGUGGAAUAUCCCAUCACAUUAUUUUUUGAUGGAUGAACUGUAAAAUAUAUUUGCAAAGCAUG